CCACCACGCUCUGUUUACCGGAGAAGAAGAGCCACACACGCUGAGACAACAUGCUACACAACCUCAACUCAUUCGUAUAAAACUGAAGUUGUUUAAGUAAGAAAAGUUAUACUUUAUCCAACUUUUCCUGGGAUACUUCCACCUCAUAUCCUCAGUUCAGAGCUCGGCUCAUCGGAGACGUUGUCAAGAUGCCUAUCCUGUGCAGCAGCUGUGCAGAGAAGCGAGCUAUGCUAAAACGGCCAAAAACAGGCCACUCGUUGUGUAAGGAAUGCUUCUUCUGGGCCUUUGAGGAGGAGGUGCAUCGGACGAUUUUGGCAGCAAAGCUCUUCAAACCUGGGGAAACUGUAGGAAUCGCUGCCUCAGGAGGGAAGGACUCGACAGUGCUCGCACAUGUAAUGAAGCUCCUAAAUGAGCGAUACAACUAUGGCCUUGAACUUAUGCUUCUCUCAGUGGAUGAGGGAAUCACUGGUUACCGGGACGACUCGUUGGAGACCGUGAAGAGGAAUCAGCAACAGUAUGAACUGCCACUGAUGAUUGUGUCUUAUGAGGAGCUGUAUGGCUGGACUAUGGAUGCUAUAGUGAAGCAGGUGGGACUGAAAAAUAACUGCACUUUCUGUGGAGUGUUCAGAAGGCAGGCGCUAGACAGAGGAGCCAUCAUGCUGAAAGUGGACAAGAUAUGUACAGGUCACAACGCCGAUGAUGUGGCAGAAACAGUUCUGAUGAAUGUCAUGCGAGGGGAUAUAGCUCGUCUACGCCGCUGCACCGCCAUCUCCACUGUCAGCGAGGGUGAAGGAGUCGUGCCGCGCUGCAAGCCCCUGAAAUACGCAUAUGAGAAGGAGAUUGUUCUGUACGCUUACUUUAAGAAGUUGGACUACUUUUCCACUGAAUGUAUCUACUCUCCCAAUGCAUAUCGUGGCCACGCCAGGACCUUUUUAAAGGACCUGGAGAGUGUAAGGCCCAGCUCCAUCAUGGACAUCAUCCACUCCGGGGAGAACCUCUCUGUGCGGGAGGGGGUGAAGAUGCCCGUGCAGGGGACCUGUGGUCGGUGUGGCUACAUCUCCAGUCAGGCACUUUGCAAGGCCUGCGUGCUGCUGGAGGGGCUGAACCGAGGCCUGCCAAGGCUGGGUAUCGGCAAACACCACCGUCUGCAUGAAAAACUCCUCUCCCAGCAGCCCCUUAAUGAGAAAGAAGAAAGGAAACUAAAAGCUGUAGACUUCUAAAAGUAUUAUCCCCUGUUCUAUUUACUAUCAGACUGACAUGACAUUUUAGCAUAAACCAUAUUUGAUCUCGUUUAUAUGGGAAAAUACUCAAGUGGGGAAUCAACAACUUACAUGCAUCACAUUUGAGGUAAACAGAAAAAUUCUUGAUGCAUCUUCAAAGGUCUGGAUGUUCUUUUAAUGGGAUUUAUUUGGUGUGAAAUUCAGUAUUUUCCAAGCUUGUAUUUUUCUGUUUCAUUAUUGAGUUGUUAAACUUUGGGAGGCACAAAUACUAAAUACUUACUAGUAACUAGUAACAUAACUAGUUUUCUCCUGUAGGUCUGUGACAUGCAGAGACAUGGACUACAUGUCAUGGCUACAUUUGUUUUAAAAUUGAGAUGAUUAUGCCUGGUUCCACUGCACUGUGAUAUCACACUGCCAGCAUGUUUUAGUUCUUUAUUUUAUGCUACCUCUUAAUGUCCCUGUGUACCGGCCUAUGGGAUUGAUAUGAUGACGUUCAUGGUCACAUUCCAAGGUGUUUUAUGAAUAAUUUAAUAAAAGCUUUGUCCCACA